GCGUAGGCUUGGGGACAGAAAGCCGAAGAGUGAAGUUUGUUUUCAGAAAGUUCUAAUGGAGUCGGAAUGCUGAAUGUAAAGAGAUACAAAUGCAAGAAAACUUUUCCUGAUUCGAUUUCUCAUCAAGGAAUUUGAACUCUUAAGUGAGAAACUAGGCGCCGAGUAAUUGUUCAAGUAUGAUUGAGGACUGCAGAUUUUUGAAUACUUUAUGUGGUCCAAUGCGUUUUUAACAAUCUCGUGGGCUGUGGUUUUUAGCUUCGCUCCAAUGGUUUUAAAAUCUCGAAGGAAUAUCAAGUGUGAAUUUUUUUCUUCCUUGCAAUCAUGUGACGUCGAUUCGAUCGAAGCAAGUUGUCUUUAAACAACGGAUAACUCUCAAAGGAAAGAAGCAAAACUUCUUGUGAACAGAAAAUUAACAGUUUUGACGUUCAGAGAAUAGCGCGUGUUUACUGUACGGGCUGAUCAUCGAACUGUGUAGCAGUUGAUAUAAUUUCAGCGUCUGGACGCCCAGAACGCCCAAAGAAUUUUAUCGUCAAAUUACGCGCAGUAUUCACAGUGGAACAUGCCACUUUUCAAAGGAAAAGACAAAGAUGAUGACACUGAAGGAGAUCGGAAGAAAAUGCUGCCGAAUAUGAAUCUCCCAAGCAUUGAUAAAACCAAAAUCAAAAGCUCACUGAAAUGUGUGAAAUGGAUCCAAAAGAAAAUACAGAAGAAAGGAGCUGCAUUUCCGCUCUUUAUGAUUCUCCUGAACGCCGCUUACCUAACUUUAGGAGGACUUAUAUUCAUGGCUCUGGAGCGGCAACCUAAAGUUGUUGUAAAUACUUCCCAAGAAUUGGUGGACAUUUUCAAUGUUUUGAAGGUAAGUUGGUGGAAAAUACUAGAUCAAUUAUGCCGCCCCGCGCGAGCGCAAUUUCAGUUGAAACGCUCGAUAGAGUCAAGUUUUGCUUCGGAGACUUUGAAAUCGCUAGGACGCUAUAACACCGUUUAGACAAUUUUAAACGUACGAGAUUUCUAGAUCAUGUAUAAUUCAAUACUGAUAAUUCGGAACAAAAAAACAUAGCACACAAUAUAUUUCUUCUAUAGAGAAAUAACGAAUAUUUUGGAACGUUAUCAAAUUUUGAUCGGAUACGUCUAUUUACUUAAAGCUGUGACUACGUUUGAAAGAAAAGCAAACUCGCAUCAAUUGAUUUUUUUCAACGCGAAAUUCCAUUAGAUGAAAGCAUAAGUUAUCUAUUAUUAAUGAAGCAUCUUCCGUUACGGUGUGAUCAAGUAGAAUACUCUUCUGUUUCAAUAUCUCGAGGCAAGAGAACUCUAUUUCAAGCACUCGAAAACACAAAAAAUUGAGUUUGGCAAGCCUCCAAUUCCUCACAAAUCAAGUAUAACUUAAAAAUUCAUAACCCGAUGGUAAACCCAUUGAUAAAUAAAUCCCACGGUACUUUAAAGUAUGCAAAUUCUGUUUAUUAACUCUAUUUUGAUCAUCAAUUCCCCACCGGGCUCAAAAAAUUUCUUUGCCGCUUUUGUACAAAUUUCAUAACUUUAAAGCAGACGGUAACAUGCAAAUUAAGCCCUACAUGCAUGCGUUUCGAAUCAUUCGAGCGCCAUCUCUGAUAAAUUUAUUAGUCAAUCUCAAUAUAUGUAAAUUUUCGGUUCGGGAAAUAUAACAACAAAACUGUAACGCUAAAAAUGCUCGUAAGAUUUUUGCGCAGUUUUCUCGAAGUCUUAAGAGAAAGGCGUAUUCUUUGCUAGCUUUGUCCAUGCUCCGUGACUUAAAAAUCUCACAUUUAUCAUCCGCGUUAUCAGUUUAAACUCACAGACUUUCAACUAUCUUUUCCACUAGUUUAGAUUGUGGGCUUCCUGAACGAGGAGAUUCAUCAAUAUUUAACAAUUUUAAUUAAGACCCGUUUAACGAUACUCGUUCAAGAUCAUGUAGAAAUUGAGGGCUUGCAUUGCACAGAAAAAACUCGCAAGAUGUUUGGCAAGUCCGUAAAGAAAACAUUUUUAUUUAUCACUGGAGCUUAAUGCCUUCAGGACUAAAUUCCGAUAUGAAAAUCAAUUCUUUUUGAGGAUAAUUUCAAUCUGUAUAGCCUUUUGUGUGGCUUUCUCUGGCGGAAAUCCAGCAGUUCUCUUAAUAAUGCUUGGAAACAAAGGGACAGUGGGAAUCGAAAAUUCUAUCUAUAUUUCUACCUCAAUUUACUGUUAAUCGAAGGGAUGGCUUUCAUGUGAAGAUUGUUCUGCUCUUCACGAUCACUUAUCACCAAUAAUCCCUUUUUUGCGAAAUGUUUCUUACAAAAGCGAGAUCAUGCACGGAGAACAACUCCACCUUUAAAAAAGCCCAGAAGAGGAAGUUGAACCAUUAAGCGCGCCCUUUAUCGAAUAAAAGGUAUAAUGACCUUGGGGAAAUGUUCGCACGCACGAAAAAAGUGUAAAGCCGAAGGCGAGUGAUUCAAUCAUUUUCUAGUGUUCAACCAACAUUCAACGUAGGUUACUGCGUCAAGUAACUGAUUGAGACUGAGGUAUAUUGUUUUUAUAAACUAGCUAUGGGUUAAUCACUGUGAUAUACGAUAGGUGUAUGACCGUUCGACCAAUUAGUACAUGUGGAAUAUCUUAUAUAUUUUAUAAACGUGAAAUAGGGCUACUAAAGCGGGAAAUUGACGUCCGAGUGAUGAAACGAUCACGGGCAGAGCUUUGUAUUGUCUUUCCGCUUUGAACUAAUUGAAAUCUGGUCCUAAGGGACCAGCCUUUGUUUAUCUCCAGGGAGGGAGGGGAAGGGGAAUUUUUGGUUGUGAUCCCCGCAUAAGGCUUUGUAAUAAUCCUAUGACCCUCCCCCCUUCAUUAGCCUUUAAAUGGCAUUCAACUUUCUAUAGUACCCUUUCUCAUACUCUUUUGGCAACGACAAAUCCCACUCCGUUCCCCCCUGAAAACCAUAUGAUCCCCCUAAAAAUCCUCCGACCCACCCUGUACCCUUCCAAGUGACGAAUCAUUACUGGUCUCCUUGGAGGGACGUGAUGCUUGUAAAAAGUCUGCACGCACAUCUGCGUUGAAAAUGUUUCAUGAACAAUAGUUUACCAUUUACUGCCCUUUUUAUCUCUACAGAAUUCUGAAAUAGGUCAGAACUUGUCGCUAUCCGAUGGAAUAAAUGUACCUGGUUUAGUGCAAAAUCUCACUUCGAAAGAUCUAGAAAAACUUGAAGGUGUUCUUUCUCGAAUAACCAACCAACGUACGGCUGCAGCCAAAAAGGAAUGGAACAUCUAUAAUUCUGUCUUCUUCUGUAUGACCGUAACAACUACAAUUGGUAAGUAACAUGUAUCAGCAAUAUAUAGCAGUUUUAAUCGUGUGUCUCUGGUAUUUGGGAUAAUCGACUUUUAGGAGCACCUUUAGCCAGUACUGUUUAUCCUGCUGUAUGCAGUGAUUCUCGCUAUUAAUUAACCCUUUUUACCCUAACAUCAGUAUGUGCACUGUCCAUACAGUUCUCUAUACAUUUCCUAAAGUGAUAACAGGAAUAACCAUCUAGGGCUUCUUGGUGAUCGUUUCUUUUAUCCUCGUAACCGUAAUUGUAAUUUUGUACAAAGUGUUUCUAACCUUGAAAUCUGUGUAUCAAAACUUUUUUUUUUUAAUUUUUAUUUCCAUUUUAUUCUAUGUACUAUACUUACAUAAGUACUUACCCUAUACUUAUUUCUUACACAAUGCUUACACUACAUUAACUUGCACUACUUACAAACAUAUAUUACAAUACAAUUACUCUAGUCAAAUUGAAUUACAGUUGAUCUAUUUACGUUAUUGUUUGCGUGUUAAUUGUUCGAGUCACUAAUAAGAAUUCUGUUUGUUAAUUACCCUACAUAGGGUAUUAAUUUUCUAGAAUUUAAUAGAUUAUUAAAUAAAUAGGUAGCGAAAAGAAACAAAUCAAAAUACAAAAGUUGAGAAGAAAAAGGACACAAUACAAUUUUAUAAAGAAAGAAAAAAUGUCCAUUUGUUCCUGAAUUCCUUAUCCUUAUUACGAGUGACUGCAAUAUAUUUUUCUAAAUUAAUUUUUUCGCGCACAAGUGGAUCAAAACUUACCAGGUGACUGUCCAAAGAAACGCUACUGAGCUAUACUACAAGCAGUCUCUGGUAUUCGAUGAGGUCUGCCGUACAAGUCAAACUUCCAGAGUUUAGCGCAGCGUGCAAACAUAAUGUUUCUCUUUUCAAUGUGUCUUUUUGACUGGCGGGACUUCACCGAAAAACAGGGACUGCUCGUAGUCUUCUAUUGAGCAGUCUGAGGGGCACUUUCAUGUGGGACUGUUAAGUACGCUCUGCAAAUGAUUUAAAUUAUUAAGCCUGUAAAUCGGAUACGUCUGUAAAUUGUGACCAUUAAUUUGGCUGCCCAUUAGAUCAAGGGAUGCUGUGAAUACAUAAUUAUUUUGAUAUACUUUAUGCAAAUGUUUUUAGUUGAAUAUUAUUCAUUUUUCUUAGGUUAUGGAAACUUGUCCCCAGUAACAGUAGCUGGCCGCGUCAUUUGUGUCAUUUACGCACUACUAGGAAUACCACUGACCCUAGCACUCCUUGCUAUCGUUGGUAAAAUUUUGGGUGAUUACAUAAACGACGCAUGCGCUUGGCUUCUUAAAUGGUAUAGGAAAGUUCACAAGUCAUACGAAUAUGAACGAACGUAAGUUUUAUGUAAUCAUUCAUGCGAUUCUUGGCAUAAAACCUAUUGUGUCGUCUUUUUCUGUGCUUUAUCUUUACGCUAAAUGGCAGACGCAGAGGUAGGGUGGUUGAUGCGCUGGACUGGGAAUAGAAGGGUCUGGGUUCGAGCCCUGGCUGUGUUUUUGGGUAGGAAACUCUUCUCACAAUGCUUGCUAUUCACUUAAGAGUUAACGAGGAAUCACGAAAACUUGACGAAUCGCUGGUGGCUCUGUAGAAAAACAUGCAAUUCAAACAGUAAAAAUGCUUCAAGUCGCCUUAGCUUUUGAAACUGGGAAAAGCGCAAGGGCACCAAAAGGCUUUUAAGGAAACAAUUUUAUGCCUCUCUCUAAAAUGAGUUUUAAGCUUGUUCUAAGCGUUUUGGUAGUAAAACAAAGUGCAAAGGUAAACGACCCGAUGAUAGCGGUAGAAUGGAAAAAACGAGGGAGGCUUGGGUCGAGUCGCGCAAUGAACGAUCUCAACGCGACCCGACCAAGUCUCCUGGGCCGCGUUUUACUCCUCUACUACUGUCGCGCCGUUUACAAUUUCGCUUCGUUUUGCUAACUGAACACCUGGAACAGGCUAACACCUUUUUCUUUUUCUUCCAGUGUCCAAGACGGAGAUGAUGGCCAAGUGGACGCUCCUUUGUGGAUGGGUCUGUUAAUUCUUCUUCUCUUCACCACUCUUAUGGCUGGGCUGUUUUGUUGGAUAGAAGGAUGGGAUUUUGGCACCUCUCUUUAUUUUCAAUACAUAACGUAUCUUACCAUUGGGUUUGGAGACGUUGUACCACAGAAAGAGCAGGUAUAUUGCGAUUUCUUGCAUACAUCUACUUAUACCAUGCAAUUAAGCACGCAGCGAUAUAAUCACGUGUUAUAUCUGUUAGAUAAACAUAUUGUAUAAAAAAAAAAGAUUAGUAGAUAGAAAUAAGGAAUUAAUAUAUUCAACUUUGAGUGACGAGUUUCAAGAACUGUCACCAGAUAGAGCUAUCAGUUUCAUGGCAAUGAAUGCAUACCAUCUGUACAAUUAACCCUCUAAACCAAAGCGUUAGUAUAAAUAUUCUACAUGCUGUUUUUUAUACAUAUCAAAGGUGCUGACAAGGAGAAUUUGUUUAACAAUCAAGAGUUUCUUAAGUUGGUGAUCAUUUCCUUUAUUCUCAUGACCUCAAUGUGUGAUGCAGGGGUAAUAUUGUAAAGAGAAAUUACAUGCUAAUCACUCAUCAUUACUGACCAGAAUUUCUGAAAUCAUAUUUGAAGAGUAGGUUAUAUGACUUUUACAGACCCAUUUAAAACAGAUAAUUUUAGCGACCGGCUCCAUAUAAUCGAGUUAUUGCUUGUUUUUAUUUUUUCUUAAUUUUGUAUGCCUUUCGAAUGCUUAACAUCUUAUCAAGCGUACAUCUAAGAGCAAUUUUAAUUGACUGUCGAAAGAAAUCCGGGAUUGCCUUGUUUUCACUCUACUUCGCUCUGUGAUUGGUCCAGAAAACAAACUCGUGCCACUCUCUCAACCAAUCAGGUGUAAAAAUAAAAUCAAUCAUGACUUGGUUGCCCGCGUUUUCCCGCGCUUUUUUGAGUUCAUCGACACCUAACGUUUCUUUUGAUUGGCUGUUGCGAUUACUUUGCUUUUAGUUUUAUGACACUCAAUCGAAAAGAGCUCUACCGACUGGUGUAAUCCAUAAUUAUAAACUUAGUUCCUUAAUCUUCUUUUCCCAGCUCGUCUUCGUGAAUAUUUUCCUCGUAUUCCUUGGCCUGUCAGUCCUUUCCAUCACACUCAGUAUGAUCGCAUCUAACAUUCACCAUCAAAUGCAGAAAGCCUCAUUUAUUGAGAAACUUAAAGACACUGAGUUGUCAGAUUCUUCCUUCGUUGGCUCAGCCGUGGGGAUUGGGGACGAGGAGAUGGGUGAUGGCAACGGAAAUAAAGGAAGGAGAGGGUCUGGAGAUGACAGCGCAAUCACCAAGCAGGACUCAAAUGGUGGAAAAUCUUACGGGAGCACAGAAAAUGGUCCAUGA